ACACGCGGGAGGUAUAUUAACCUUUGCUUCAAACAUAUACAUAUUAUUUAUUUAAAUAAUUACACAAUUGUGUUUGGUGUGGCGUAUGUAUCUUACAGAAAACGGCUGCGCUUAUUAGAAAUAAUUGCGGAAUAAGAUAUUAUUUUUGAUACGUUUCUAGUUUCUUGUGGGUUUAAAGAUUUAAAAGUGUUUUCAGUUUUUGUUUUUUUUAUUUCACGGCGAAAUUAGUGUCUGCGGUUAGUAAAUUAUAUCAAUAAAGUGACAUACUUCUUUUAUAUGAAUAUAAAAAACUGCUGAAAUAAACACUCGUGUAAAGAUCAUUCUCACCAACGACAAAAAAUAACAAUAAUAACUACGCAUUUAAGCUCUGCCAUUAGCUUUUGCCAAAGAAAAAUUGACAUUAAAAAAAUUGUAUAUCAUGACAAGGACAUCAUAAAACAAAUUCCUACGUUAUACAGAAUAAUUUUGAAAACUACUCAAAAUAAAUAAAAAAUUGUGAUAAUUUAUCCAAAUUUAUAUAAACAAUCAAAAUGAACAUCUCAACCAGUUUCCUCGAUGACCAAAUUGUGUAUUUAUACACACAAUUGGUAAACUCAUACAUGCCCGAUUUUGUUAAAUCAUUCGAAUAUACACCAUGGGUAUUCUCAUUAUUGGGAUCAGUUGUAAUUGGAUUAGCCGGAAUAUUGCCAUUGAUAAUUAUACCAACACAAGAUGAAUCGAAGGAAAAAAAUGGCGAAUAUAAAGAUCCUGCGGAAUCAAAGUUCCUAAAAGUACUCCUCAGUUUUGCUGUAGGUGGUUUAUUGGGUGAUGUAUUUCUUCACUUGUUACCCGAAGCUUGGGAAAGUGAUACUGCUUCAGAAUCUGGUCACCCUUCAAUGCGCAGUGGCCUUUGGGUGCUAUCGGGUAUUUUGAUCUUCACAAUAGUUGAGAAAAUAUUUUCUGGCUAUGCAAAUGCUGACGAUUCAAAUCCACAACCAAAGUGUGUAGAAAUUGCUAAUUGCUUGUUACGCAAAACUGGUGGCAAAUUUAUAGAAGGACAAACUUCAGGUGAUUGUACAGGAUCGUGUGAUAUCGAAGAUGUGCCAAAUGGAUGUUUUCUGCGACAAAGAGAACAAAAAAGUGGUAGCCAACCGAAGAAAGUCGCUGGCUAUUUGAAUUUGUUGGCAAAUUCUAUUGAUAAUUUUACUCAUGGAUUGGCUGUAGCUGGGUCGUUUUUGGUUUCCUUUAGACAUGGAGUGCUGGCCACUUUUGCUAUUUUGUUACAUGAAAUUCCUCAUGAGGUUGGAGACUUUGCUAUCCUGUUGAAAUCAGGAUUUAAUCGAUGGGAUGCUGCGCGAGCGCAAUUAUUAACAGCUGGUGCUGGUUUGAUGGGAGCUUUGGUGGCUAUUGGUGGAUCAGGCGUUACAUCUGCAAUGGAGGCGAGAACAUCUUGGAUCAUGCCAUUCACUGCAGGUGGUUUCUUACACAUUGCUUUGGUCACAGUAUUACCUGAUCUCGUCAAAGAAGAAGACAUUCGAGAAUCAAUCAAACAAAUUCUCGCCUUGAUUUUUGGCAUUGCGUUAAUGGCAAUGAUGACAAUUCUCUUUGAGUCUUGAAUACUCCAAGUGAUAUACCUCUGAACGUUUUCGAGAACAACAAUAUGAUUUUCUAAAAAAAAAAAUAUGCGUGCAUCACGCAUAAGCCCGCCACUAAACUCUUACCACACCGAAACUCAUUGCUGUGAGGUGACUUGCGUAAAAGUACAAAACAAAAUUUAAGUAAAACAAAAAACAGAAAAGAGAAAAAACAUCUUAAAACAAUUUAAUGUUGGAUCGUAUUGCGCAGAAGUACUUGUUAUUGAAUGAAAACCACUCCACAUGAAUAUUAUUAUUUUUAUUUUUUAUAUCAUUUAUAUUGUAUAGAUUUAGAAUUAGUUUAAAUAUAAUUUAUAUAAUAACAAUUCGUUAUUCUUUCGUUGAA